ACCUAUCCAUCUUGACGAUUUGUUUCACCAUUCUGUUUCGACCAAAUGUCGGCCUCAUCCAUCUCCAUGGCUGCAACAACCAUAGCUUCCUCCUCAAUCUGCUGUAACAAACCGUCCAAUCUCUCCUUCCCCACCUCUCUCACCCUCAUCCCUACCCGCGUACCAUCAAAACCUAGACCCACAAAGCCUCUCAACCUCAAGGCCCACCUCCACAAUUUCUCUCCUUUCGCUCUCAUUUCUCUUUCGCGCUUUCCCCUCGCUUCGACCGCAUUCGACAGUUUCGAGACUGAAAAAGAUAGCCAAAGCACAGAACAAGAAGACCCAGAAGUAGAAUCGAGUGAAAAUCAAGCUGUAGAGGAUGAGCCAAAUGUACUGGGGUCUAGCGAAGAAGGGAGGCUCUAUGUGGGUAACUUGCCGUAUUCUAUGACUUCAGCGCAAUUGACCGAGGUUUUUGAGGAGGCUGGCCGUGUGGUUUCUGUGGAGGUUGUUUAUGACAGAAUUACCGAUAGGAGCAGAGGUUUUGCUUUUGUUUCCAUGGGGAGUGUUGAAGAAGCUAAAGAAGCAAUUCGGAUGUUUGAUGGCUCUCAAGUCGGAGGCCGGACUGUUAAGGUGAACUUCCCAGAAGUGCCAAGAGGAGGUGAAAGAGAAGUGAUGGGGCCGAAGGUAAGGAACAGCUCCAGGGACUUUAUAGAAAGCCCUCACAAGAUCUAUGCUGGAAACCUUGGUUGGGGCGUUACUUCCCAGGGUCUUAGAGAUGCUUUUGCAGAUCAGCAAGGCAUAUUGAGUGCGAAAGUCAUCUAUGAGAGAAACUCAGGAAGAUCUCGUGGUUUUGGGUUUGUCUCUUUUGAAACUGCCGAAGAUGCAGAAUCUGCUUUGAAUGCCAUGAAUGGAGUGGAGGUUGAAGGUCGGCCUCUACGAUUAAAUUCAGCUGCAGAAAGAUCUUCUUCUGCUUCUCCACCGGCAGAGAAAAGAGAUGCAGAUGACAUUCUUAACGGCAACGAAUUACUUUCUAGCAUCAGCAGCUGAUUGGGGUGGCUUUGACGAGUCGUGCUACCCAUAAGCCUCACACCAUGUAUAUCUAUUUAAAAACAUGUCAUUUUACAUUUGUAUCAUAUUUUACUAACAAAUAUGUCUGGAAUUAUUUUCAUCACGUAAGUAAAAGAGUAAAAUGAUAUUUUUUAAAUAGGUAUGCAGGGUGGAAGGCUUAUGUCUAGAAUUUUCGGCUUUGAUACACUUUUGGAACGUAUUCCCAGUUUUGCAAAAGGAGUGCAGCCCGUCUACUUCUAUAACACUCCUUGCAGUCCUUUUUGGCAACGAAUUACUUUCUAGCAUCAGCAGCUGAUUGGGGUGGUUUUGAUGAGCCGUGCUAUCCAUAAGUCUCACACCUUGCAUAUUCAUUUAAAAACAUGUCAUUUUACCUUUAUAUCUUAUUUUACUUACAAAUAUAUCUGGAAUCAUUUUCAUUACGUGGGUAAAAGAAUAAAAUGAUAUUUUUUAAAUAAGUGUGCAAGGUGUGAAGCUUAUGUCUAGAAUUUUUCGGCUUUGAUACAAUUUUGGAACAUAUCCCCAGUUUUGCAAAAGGAGUGCAGCCCGUUACUUCUAUAACACUCCUUGCAGCCCUUUUUGGCAUAUGGGAAUUAAGAUCGGAGAAGAAAAAGCGGAUGGCAUCAAUAGUAAGAUUAUCUCUGGGAAGGAGAGUGUGGUAUAAGCGUUUAGAUAUGAAGGCUCUCUCAGCUAGAUACCAUUCCUACCUCAUCCUGAUCCAUGAAGGCACCAAAUUGUACCUGAGUUAUUCACAACUGUUGUACCUUAUUUUAAAGGUGAAAUGGUUGAAUGAUGUAAUAACCCUCAUUGCUUACCAAAAUAAAGAAAAAAGUGCUAAAUUAUCUCA